AUGCCCAAACCAGGCAAAAAGAAAGGUCAGAAGAGCUCAGAGGCUCAGCGGGUUGAGGCUCCCAGAGAACCUGAACCUGAACCUGUUCCUGAGGAGCCACAAGUAGAGGAAGAAGAUGAAGGUAUUGGAUCGAAACGGAGACUGAGGAAGGAGAAAAAGCAAGCGAAACAGGAGACAGCAAGGCAAGCUGCAGUAGCGUUAUCUGAGAUAACUCCAGGAAGACAGAAAUCUGAACCUCCUGCAGAGGUGCCUAAUCCAGCACCAGUACCAGAAGAGAAAGUUGAAGUAGUUGAAGUAGCUGAAGAAUUUGAAGGUUUAGGUCUGGGAAGUGCAAAGAAAAAGAAACCAAAAAAGAAAAAAACGGAUGGACCUUCAACAUCGGCUUCAACUUCGCAGUCAGUGGCUGCUCCAACUCCACAGCCAGUGGCUGCUCCAACUCCACAGUCAGUCGCUGGUCCAUCUUCACAGUCAGUUACUGCUACUCCCCGGCAACUAGGUGGUGAUGGAAACCUUCAACAGAUGCCAUCUUCUGUGUAUACACAGGGUGCCCCAAGCACCCAUGAGGUUUUAGAUGCACCUGUUGCCGGACCUUCAAAAACUUUAACGCAGAUGAAACCAUCCUCGUCGUUUUCAUCGCCUCCCUCUGCGUUCGUUGAACAAAGACAAGCACCAUCAGGACCUUGGGGUAGAGGCAGGGGAAGACCACAAGUAAAACCUACAGUUCCUACAUCUCAUUCGACACCCCAGUUUGCCCAGUCUCAUCCAGUCCAACCUCAACCUACUUCACCACCCCAGCCAAGUUCAACAUUGCAAUCACGACCUACACAACAAAAACACGGCCAGUAUUCCCAGGAAAAUGUUGUAUGUCGGUACAAAAUACCAACCAAAGUCCCUGGAAGGCUUGUUGGCGGAAGAACUAUCGCAAUUCUGACUAAUUAUUUGGAAAUGACAUUUAAAAGUUUGAAAAUUUCGCGGUAUGAUGUUUCAUUCAAUCCAGAUCGACCAAAGAAAUUGAUUCCCCUUGUAUUUAAAAAGGUUAAAGAAAAGUAUUAUCCUAGAGAGUUACUUGCUUUUGAUCAAACAAAGAAUUGCUAUUCGCUCCGGCCUCUGCAAAACGUUCCACAAAAUGAACGAUUUAAUACAGUGAUGGAGAUAGAAGAUAGCAACGGGAGGCUUAUACGAUUCGAAGUCUCAUUUAAAUCUACUGGUGUCGUUGAACUGGACAAAAUUAGACGCUAUAUGACUGAAGGAGGAGCAUCUGUGUUGCACCCCACUGAAGAGGUGCAGUGCAUUGACGUCAUAUUACGACAGGGCACCUUGGAGUCUUAUGUCAAGGCCGGCCGUCAAUUCUUCAGACGCCCCAAGGAGCCUGUAGAUUUAGGGCACGGUUAUGAGAUGUGGACAGGGCUGUUCCAAUCGGCCAUAUUCACUAACAAGGCGUUCGUUAAUAUUGAUGUUGCCCAUAAAGGUUUUCCUAAACAUCAAUCGAUGAUCAACGCGAUUACGCGAGAUUUUCGACUGGAUCUUAGUAUGCCGAUCGAGAGGCAAAGAACUAAUGAAUAUGAGAAUUUCACAAACUUUAUUAAAGGCCUCAAGGUAACAGCAACUAUGGUUGGCGCCUCACCAAAUGCUGGUCAAAAACGUGAAUAUAUUUGCAACGGCCUAGUGGACCCGCCAGGAAAACUGAAAUUUUGGCUGAAUCAACCGGACGGGAAGCAGCGGGAAAUUUCUGUAGGAGAUUACUUCGCCAAGGAAAAAGGCUACCACAUUAAAUAUCCAUACUUCAACUGUAUUUGGGUUGGCCCCAAAGAAAAGAGCAUAUAUUUUCCAGUCGAACUUCUUGAAGUUGCUUAUGGACAGCCACUGGCCAGGCAACUUAACGAGAGUCAAGUGUCGAAGAUGGUGAGGGAAGCGGCUACUCCACCUGACAAGCGCUUGGCGAAGAUCAAAGAAGUGAUUUCUAGUAUGCAGUACUCAAAAAAUAGAGAAUUCAAACAGUUUGGUUUGGAGAUUUCCGACAAAUUUUAUGAAGUUAAAGCAAGAAUUCUGGAUCCCCCAUUAUUGGAUAUUGGACGAGGGACGACGGUGCCAAGGAGAGGACAAUGGCAAGCUAACCAGCUAUUAAAGCCUGAAUCCCUUUUGUGUUGGGGAUUCGUUGCUGUUGAAACUGGCCACAAUAUCGAUUUUGACGUCGUUAUAGACACGAUUAUGAGUGCCGGCAAACAGCUGGGUAUGAAUAUAUCAAACCCAACGAUUAAAAGGUUCGACGUCACGAUGAUGUCACUAAGCAAUGUAUUACGUGGAGCUCAGGAUCAAGGAAUCAGACUCCUCUUCGUGGUUGUAUCUACAAAGGGGCGAGACCAUUAUCACAGGGUAAAGCAAAUGGCUGAGCGUGAAGUCGGCAUGCUCACACAAUGCAUUAAGGAGGCUACCACGCGUCGCAUGAACGGCAUGACAGCGAAAAAUAUUCUGUUGAAGGUUAACUCAAAAUUGAUGGGUAUUAAUCAAGCUUUGGGUGACAAAACCCUGCCACGUUGUUUGAGGGAGGGUGGCGUAAUGAUUGUUGGUGCGGAUGUGACCCAUCCUUCUCCAGACCAGUCUAACGUGCCCAGCAUUGCUGCAGUUACUGCAUCUAUUGACCCCAAAUGUUACAUGUAUAAUAUCGAACUGAGUGUUCAAACACCAAAGGCAAAAAUGAUAGUAGAGUUUGAAGACAUGAUGUUCGAUCAUUUAAAAGUGUACAAGGAGCGAAAUAUGAACCAUCUUCCAAGGAAAAUAUUUGUAUUUCGGGACGGCGUAUCUGAAGGACAAUUUGUACAGGUGAUGAAUAGUGAACUAGCUGCAGUACAUGCUGCUUAUCAACGCAUGGCAGGUGCAUCAAGAAAACCUGAAAUCUUGUUUUUACUCGUGCAGAAAAGACAUCAUACUAGAUUCUUCAACAAGGGUGAUUAUUGCCAAUAUAACGUGGAACCGGGUACAGUCGUUGAUACUGAUAUUGUACACGCAACUGAAUUGGACUUUUAUUUGGUGUCGCACCAGGCGCUGAAGGGCACGGCGCGCCCCACGCGCUACCACGCCGUGUGCAACGACGGCAAGAUCCCCGACGACGAGGUGGAGCAGCUCACGUACUACCUGUGCCACCUGUACUCGCGUUGCAUGCGCUCCGUGUCCUACCCCACGCCGACCUAUUACGCGCACCUCGCGUGUCUACGGGCGCGCUCGCUCACCUACGGCCAGAAAUUCAACAACAAAGAUUUAGAAAAGAAGCCUGAACGUCUUCAUGUCCUUGAUAAGAUGCUCAAGCACAGCCGAAUGUUCUUUGUAUAA